CUACUGUUAGUAUUAACGUAUUUUGCUCUUCAAGACAGCAAAGAAAAACAAUUAAGUUAAAUCGGAGACUGCCAUAGUCGCAAAAAUUAUAUCGUAAAUUCAAACACGUGAUCAGAAAAUAAGUCGCACACCUACGUCUUUCCUUGUUUGCGUGCUUUACCAACAUUUCUCAUUUCGCGAGUGUUCGUUGACAGAAAUUUAUCGGGUUUGUUGGACAUAUUUGGAUUUUAUGGCGUAAUUGCCGUUGACAGCUUCCAGUACUGAGUCGUCAAUGCUGUCUUUGGUACUACUGCCAAAAAACAGAAUCUUGUCUUUAAGAGUUGUGAGGAGAGUUUUGUGCAGCACCUUGAGGUCUGAAAUGGAGAAACCAAUAGAAGCAUCCAUUCGAACAAAACUCACAGAAAAACUAGAACCUGUCUACCUUGAGGUCCUUAAUGAGAGCCACAAGCACGCUGUUCCUGAGGGAUCUGAAACUCACUUUAAAGUACUGGUAGUUAGCAAAACGUUCAGUGAUAUGAGUCUAAUCCAGAGACACAGACUGGUGAAUGAUCUGCUGAAGCAAGAGUUGGAUGGUCCAGUUCAUGCUCUUUCAAUAGAGGCCAAAGCCCCAGAGCAGUGGAAUGAAAAUCCAGCUGUCAGUGAGAGCCCUGCAUGCCUGGGAGGUUCCAAACACGAUGCUAAUAUGCAUGCAAAGUUAGGAAUGGAAACUUCUGUUUAAACUUCAUAAGACUUAAGACUUAAACUUGUGUCCUUUUUGUCUGUUUUUAUGUUAGCUUUAUAUUUGUAAAACCAGAAAGAUUAAAAAAAAAAAACAGAAGGCUUGCUUGUACAGCUGUUUGAAGGAGGAUUAGCAUUUUCUCCUCAGGAAUUAGAGAGAAAUAGUGGGCACAUUGCACAGACCUGUGUGGAUUAAGUUCUGGCUGUAGUCAUAUGCAUGUUUGUGUAUCCUGUACCCACCCAUUAACUUCCUCCAAGCAGUUUGUGCACCUAGCAUCUAGUAUCCCAUACCCACCCAUUAACUUCCUCCAAGCAGUUUGUGCACCUAGCAUCUAGUUACUGUAUUGACUGUCUCGUGAAACGUUGUGCAUACUGUUUCAGAUUACCAUGCUGGCCAGUCCUAGUUUAGCAAUAACUGCUGUAAUGCAUGCUGCCCUUCUGCUGGGGAGGCGAAACAUUUAGGCCCCCUUUUAUCAAAAUGGUGGAAAAAGCAGUUAUGCUGAACCUUGAAGGGAUUCUUUACUUCUUCAUGGAGCCGUCAGUUUUUCUGUUGCUGAGAUCUGUACCCUCCACCAUCUCAAUAAAGCUUGGUUAUAGUUUUGA